AUGGCGUCCACGAGAGACAUCCACGACAUUAUGGGCAUGGGUGGUGGCCCUGUCCAGAAGCCAACGAAUAAGAAAAAGAAGAAGGUUGUGGAAGCUCAGCCACGACUGUCAGGCAUUUCGCGUGAAGUCCAAGCGUUGAUGGGGGAUAGUGUACCUCCUGUACAGAUAGUCGAGCCUCCUAAAUACAAAUCGAAACCCUCGUUGGCGAACAAACUAUACAAACCCAGACACUGGCAGGAAAUACCUUUCAAGCCAGGCGCAAGAUCUGAUGGCCUUAGCUUAACCCACUGGAAAAGAGCUCUGCCUUCACAUCGGCCCUUACAACUCAAUGGCGACGUUGAGAUGGUGGAUGGGAUUCAACCCUCACUCAAGCCAGAAUAUCAGUUCGAAGAAGAGUUUCCAAUGGACAAAUGGGCAGUUGCUGUUCGUGUCCCAGAUUACACAGAUGAGCAGUAUGAGAGACAUUUCAAGGCUGAUGACUGGACGCGCGAAGAGACGGACUAUCUGGUCAGACUGGCCUCAGAAUAUGACCUCAGGUGGAUCGUGAUUGCAGACCGUUACGACCCGCAAGAAAUUCAGUCAGCACAAAUUGGCGGGGAAGCCCUUGAGGUUGCAAAGAACUAUUCGUCCCGGACGAUGGAGCAGCUCAAGCUGCGAUAUUACCAGGUUGCAGCUCAGGACUUAGAACUAAGGACACCAAAGGCUUCGAUGAACCCCACAGAGUUUGCACUGUAUGAAAAAAUGCGCAGCUUCGACGCGAAGACGGAAACUCUCCGGAAAGCAAUGGCAGAAAAGUUGUUCGAGCGUACGAAGGAUGAAGCCGAAGAAGAAAGAACGUUAUUAGAAGAACUUCAUCGUAUCACGAAGAACGAGGAGGAGUUCAUCGCUAUGCGUCGCGAUCUAUAUGCUCGUCUCGAGGCAGCUCCUUCCCUGCGCAGGAACGAACGAGGCGAGGAGCAGAAUAUCGUGCUCUCAAGUGCUGGUCUUAGUGAAUUGCUUAGUAGGUUGUUCGCUAAGGAGAAGCAUUUGAAGCGGCGAGCUCCUGCACCAGGCGACAGUAAUUCUACAGCACAGCAACAGUCUGCUGAUGGUCGAAGUCGAGCCAACACCUCUUUAUCAAGACGAGAUACCAUGGACACAGCAACAGAGCCUACCAAAAAGGGCAGUGUCCCUCAGCAAAUCGUGCCCAAGCAGCUUACUCAGGCCGAAGAGGAAAGAUAUGGUGUUAGUCAUCCUAACGAGCGACUCACUAGUGGUGUGUCGUUUCGUCACGAAAAAAUCAAUCGAGUCACCACAGCGAAAUCUCAGGUUCAGACACAAAAGAUCAAUGCUGCUCUCACAGAACUUGAGAUACCAGCUCGUCUUUCUAUGCCCACCGAAAAGGUUUGCAAGGAAUUCGAGCGAUUGGUCAGUCAGAUCCAACUUUUGCUUGACGCCAGAAGGACAUUGGCUAGAGUGAGCGAAGAGGUGAAAACUCUGGAAGAAAUGAGGCGGCAGAGACUGGGUUUGCCUCCGCUGGCAGAACAGAAUGCUAGUGGUGAAGCUAUGGACGUGGAUAAGACAGCACCUGCGCCUGGUCAGGUAGGCCGAAACAGCACUACAGAGACUCUUCAGAGCGGCUCACUUGGAGGUCAGACAGUCAACGGCGUAGAUGGAGGACCCGGUCCAGCUGUGGACGAAGACGACGAGGAUGCGGAAGGAGAGGACGACGUCGAGGCCUCGAAUCUCGAAAAGACCCAAAACGACGAAGAAGACGAGGCUGACAAUACUGGAUUAAACGAUGAUUCCAUGGCCCAAAGAGACGAGGGUGAUGAAGACGAAAACGCCGAAGAGGAAGAUGAAGAGGACGACGACGAUGACGACGUUGGCGUCGAAGAUGAAGACGAGGAUGACGACGAAGGAAAUGCUGCACUGAUGCGUGGCGUCGAUAACGACGACGGCGAAGACGAGGGUGAGCACGAUGUAGACGACGAUGAUGUUGAAGACGAGGACGAGGAGGAAGAAGCAGUGCCACUUCAUGAGGAAGGUGACGAGGAAGAAGAGGAAGAACAACAAAGAGAACGAGGGUUUGCACGCCACCAGACUGAGGACGAGGCAACAGAUGCUGACAACGACGAUGAUACACAGAAUGUUACCAUGGACGAUGUUGAGCCCGAAGAGAACGAUCCCGAUGCGGAGGAUGACGAUGAGGACGUUGCAGACAAUCGUCCAACUUCGGCCGGGUCUCGCGGCCACAAACGAGGUGCUAGUGUUAUCUCCGAUGCCAGCGGAGCAGGGAGCAAUCGUUCAGGAGCAGGACGUAAAAGAAGGCGCUGA